AGCCUGAAGCAGCAGCCCUGGCAGCGCUGUGGUGUACCCGGAGGGUCUGGAAUCCAGCCCAGGCGACAGACACAAAAAGAGGGACAACAGCUCCGGUUUAUGACUCCCCUGCUCACAAUGCCGAAUGUUUUGAGGAAUGCGAACUGAUGGGGCAGGCGUAUUUAUAGCACUUUUCCCGACUUAUCACAACCUCUCAAUGCAGCUCUGAUGCUUGCGUGUAGAAGGCUACGCUUGAUUCAUCACCGGCAACAGUGUUGCAGAUGGAUUUAAAACGACUAUCCAACAAGUGAAACCAGAGAGGUUUAUCCCCCGCAGGCGUUUCACGCUGUUUUUUUUAAACUCGACAUGGACGGAGCACGAACUGAAAACCCUGGGGAGCUUAUCAACAAAAGCUUGGAAGAGGAGAACUACCGAGCACUGGUCUACGACACGGCACUCAGCACUUUCCUGGCCGUGGUUGUGUACGUGGUGGUCAAAGUAAGCAUAGACCGGAUUAGGCAAUGGCGUGCUCGAAUAUCGGUUCUGAUUGUGGGCUCCGGUCCUGUGGGUCUGACCGCGGCUUUGGUCGCUGUUCGCUCGGGCAAGGUGCUGAAACUCACGGUGUUGGAUGAGCGCUACAGGACCGCACUGCUCUGCAGACCGCAGCAAAUCGCCCUGGACCCCCGCAGCGUCAGGUUCCUGUUAGGCUUGGGAGUAGACUUUGAUAACAUGGAAGGGUGCUGGCACAACGAUCACUUCUUCACGAAAAUCGGCGUGUUUCAGGAGUAUUUACUCAGCAUCCUGGAGCAAAAGAAGCAAAAGGUCGACGUUAAAGUUCACUUAGGAACAAAGUUCUCGGAGGAGUACCUACGGCGUAUCCCGUGUGGCCAGUGGCCUCGGGUGAUCGUGGUGGCAGACGGCUCGUGCGGGGAUUCCUGCUCCGUGCUGGGCAUCAGCUCCGACUACAUCGUGGAGUCCUGCCACGCCUAUGGGGCCAACGCCACCAUAGAGCGGCUGGACCAGCGGCAGGUGCCCACCCCAGAGAUCAAGGCCCACAGCCUGUACUUCGACCUGUCUGCGUACGGGGUGGACGUCCUGAAGGAGCGCAGGGGGUCCAACCACGCCACAACCGCGGCCAAGCCGGGCUUCCACCUGAAGAUCUACGGCACCUUCCGGAACCGCUACAUGGCCCUGGCCUGCACCGCCAAUGACAGCAAGAUGGUGCGCUUCCUCCGCCACACCACCAACUCCUCGAUCAUGAAGAACAUCUUCCACCAGUCGUUUAACGCCUAUAAGACGGACAUCGAGCCACGCCUGAGCGAGCUGACGCUUCACCGGAUGCAGUGCAGCCGGAAGCUGUUUGAGAUCAUGCUGUCGCACAGGCGCAUCAGCGCCGCCUACAUCGAGGGGGACAACGUGGCCGUCACCGUGGAGGGAGAGGCGGCCCGCGUGCUCAACUUCGACACAGGCUGCGGGGUGAACCUUGGCAUGCGGGGGCUGGAGGCCCUGGGCACCUUCAUCUACCGCACGGCUACGGCUCUGGACCAGAACGACGUGUUGGAGGCCCUGGCUGCCAAGAUACAGCACUCCAAGCAGGUGGCCGAGACCUUCAGGCAGACAGGACUGGCCUCCGCCAUGCUGGAGUGAUUGGUGAAGUGUUGGUGCAUUUUUGGAAAAAAGCAAGGCAGAUCAUAUAAUGAAGCAGAUGGGGAAUUUGUGUCGACUUGAGGCACAAUUUAUUGAGCUCUCUGCGCUGUGCCAUUGGACUGCAUUCUUCAGUGCCACGUGACAAGACUAUCUCACUCAGCCUUGGCAGAACAGAAGCGAUGUCCUUGAUGACAGUGAAUAAAUAAAAUAAUAUGGAUGUUUCUAUCGA